AACCUAGGCCACUAUGACCAAUAGUUGCUAUUGCUGAAGACUGAUUUUAAGCUGGGAAGGACAAGAGGCAAGCAGGAAUGUGAGAGCAGAAAACUCCCCAGAAAGAAGAGGUAUCUUCAUGGCCCAUUUUCUUGGAUCAUUCGAAAAGACUUUGUUGCAGUCUCCUGAGAGUUGGUAGAGAUGCAAAGGAGUAAAGAGGCUCCAGGUCAGUCAGGAGCCCAACAGGAAACUAGAGGAAUCACUGAAAUCAAGCUAGUUGUAAUAGGAGACGGAGGUUGUGGAAAAACAUCCAUGCUCAUGGUCUUUGCAGAAGGAGAAUUCCCUAAGGUUUAUAUCCCAACAGUUUUUGAGAAAUACUUCGCCCCCUUUCACAUCAGUGACAAGGAAGUCCACAUCAGUCUUUGGGACACAGCAGGACAGGAAGAUUAUGACAGGCUCCGCCCUCUGUCCUAUAAUGGGGCUCAUGCAAUUAUCAUGUGCUUUGAUGUCACCAAUCCCACCAGCUUCAACAACAUUCUCACAAAGUGGUAUCCUGAAGCAAACCAUUUCUGCAAAGGGAUUCCAAUUUUGCUUGUUGGCUGCAAAACAGACCUGAGGAAGGACAAAGUUCUACUAAGGAAGUUACAUCAAGACCAACUGGAACCCAUCACAUACCAGAAGGGGGAGGCCUUGGCUCGGAAUCUUCAUGCAGCUGCAUAUUUUGAAUGCUCAGCCCUCUACCAUGAAAAUAUUAUUGACAUAUUCACAGAGGCUUCAAGAGCAGCUUUGAGUAAGAUGAAGAAAAAACAGCACAGGCAGAGAAUCAAAAGGACCUGUCUCCUUAGCUGAACAUCCUCUGAAUAACUCCAGAGAAUUUCCAAAGGUUCAACUCCACCCAGUGAGAUGAAAUCUCUUAGAAUAAGUUGCAAUGAUGAUGAUGAUGUUGAUGUUGAUGAUAAUAAUAUAAAAGAUAAUGGGAGACUUCUC